AUGCAUCGUUGUACAACAGCAGCGUUGCUUUUGUUAAUUAUUGCUUUAUAUUCCCUACAAGCUGAAGCCUACAAGUGCAGGUGCACAAGAAAAGGGCCAAAGAUUCGCUACAAGGAUGUGCAAAAGCUGGAGAUUAAACCCAAACAUCCUUUCUGCCAAGAGAAGAUGAUAUUUGUCACCAUGGAGAAUGUGUCACGCUUCAAGGGGCAGGAGUACUGUCUGCACCCCAAACUGCAAAGCACCAAAAACCUGGUCAAGUGGUUCCGGAUCUGGAAGGAUAAGCAUAGGGUGUAUGAAGCUUAA